UAAGUCAUUGCUGAAGGUUUUAUUUGUCUCAAUAAAAUAUUACAAGCUCAAAAUUCCACACAAAGCAAAGCAUGCUCUACUUGAAAAAAUUAACAGAACAAAAGAGUGACUGCAAUUAAUAUUCUAUGGCCAUCCUAAAGGACCAUCAUAAGGGGUUUAUGAGGAGCAAAAACAGCAGGAGCUGCCAGACUGCAUAGCCAAUCUCCUAUGUGAAGUAAUGAGGUUUCUUUACAUUGAUGCCAUACUCGGACAGGGCAGGGGAGAGGUCCUCCAUGGUCAAUGUGUACUUCUUGUCCUGCUUUGGGAGAGAAGAGGUGGGAGGACAAAGUGAGAAACCAAUCAAAAAUAAAUGUAUACAUAUGCAUGAAUAAUUCUGUGCAACUCAUAUAAACAGUUAAUGUGUUAAUUCACUGAGAUGUAUAGCCUAUGUUAUGUUUCAGUACCAUCAGAAAUGCACCAACCUUUGUCUUGUUCCUGGAGCUCCCCGAGGCAGUGCCCUUCAUUUUACAAUGCUGCAGGGCAUCGUUAGCAAUGUCUGAGAUGAACUUCUGAGCUGCUAGGGAGACCAAACGGAUUCUGAAAACGAUGGGCAUAUAUAAUGUUUACGUUUGGCUCGUUAGCAAUGUCUGAGAUGAACUUCUGAGCUGCUAGGGAGACCAAAAGGAUUCUGAAAACGAUGGGCAUAUAUAAUGUUUAUGUUUGGCGCUCAAGUGAGUUGAUAUUGAAUUGGUAUAAAGCUGAAAGAGAUGGAGAGGACUCUUUGCAGGUAAAGAGGUAAACAAUAUGAUGCAUGCUUACAUUCGCGGAUCAGACGCCUCAAAGCCAGCCCGGUUGAGAUAGUAGCCUGUCACUGCAUCAGGGAUCUGGCAAACAAAUGGUAGAGGUUGGACUGAAGUCAUUGUGAUGUGUUUUGGUAAGGUAUUCUGUACCCUAGCAUCCCCACAGUUGAUACCGGAGUCCAUUUACAUGCUAAAUUAAUCAGAGGCUUCUUAUAACUACAUAACCCAAAUAUGCAAUAUGUACAGUGCAUUCGGAAAGUAUUCAGACCCCUUGACUUUUUCCACAUUCUGUUUAGUUACAGCCUUAUUCUAAAAUGGAUAAAAUUGUUUUUUCCCCUAAUCAGUCUACACACAAUACCCCAUAAUGACAAAGCAAAAACCGUUUUUUUGAAAUCUUAGCAAAUGUAUUAAAAAUAAAAAACUGAAAUAUCACAUUUACAUACACUACCAGUCAAAGGUUUGGACACACCUACUCAUUCAAGGGUUUUUCUUUAUUUUUUACUCAUUCUCAAAACCUAUAAAAUAUCAAAUAUAAAAUAUUUUGAUUUGUUUAACACUUGUUUUGGUUACUACAUGAUUCAAUGUGUUAUUUCAUAGUUUUGAUGUCUUCAUUAUUAUUCUACAAUGUAGAAAAUAGUCAAAAUAAAGAAAAACCCUAGAAUGAGUAGCUGUGUCCAAACUUUUGACUGGUACUGUAAGUAUUCAGACCCUUUACUCAGUACUUUGUUGAAGCACCUUUGGCAGCGAUUACAGCCUCAAGUCUUCUUGGAUAUGACGCUACAAGCUUGGCACACCUGUAUUUGGGGGGUUUCUCCCAUUCUUCUCUGCAGAUCCUCUCAAGCUCUGUCAGGUUGGAUGGGGAGCGUCGCUGCACAGCUAUUGUAAGGUCUCUCCAGAGAUGUUAGAUCGGGUUCAAGUCCGGGCUCUGGCCGGGCCACUCAAGGACAUUCAGAGACUUGUCCCGAAGCCACUCCUGCGUUGUCUUGGCUGUGUGCUUAGGGUCGUUGUCCUGUUGGAAGGUGAACCUUCGCCCCAGUCUGAGGUCCUGAGCGCUCUGGAGCAGGUUUUCAUCAAGGAUCUCUCUGUACUUUGCUUUGUUCAUAUUUUCCUCGAUCCUGACUAGUCUCCCAGUCCCUGCCGCUGAAAAACAAACCCACAACAUGAUGCUGCCACCACCAAGCUUCACCGUAGGGAUGGUGCCAGGUUUCCUCCAGAUGUGAUGCUUGGCAUUCAGCCCAAAUAGUUUAAUCUUGGUUUCAUCAGACCAGAGAAUCUUGUUUCUCAUAGUCAGAGUCCUUUAGGUGCCUUUUGGCAAACUCAAAGCGGCUGUCAUGUGCCUUUUACUGAGGAGUGGCUUCCGUCUGGCCACUCUACCAUAAAGGCCUGAUUGGUGGAGGGCUGCAGAGAUGGUUGUCCUUCUGGAAGGUUGUCCCAUAUCCACAAAGGAACUCUAGAGCUCUGUCAGAGUGACCAUCUGGUUCUUGGUCACCUCCCUGACCAAGGCCCUUCUCCCCCUAUUGCUCAGUUUGGCCGGGCGUCCAGCUCUAGGAAGAGUCUUGCUGGUUCCAAACUUCUUCCAUUUAAGAAUGAUGGAGGCCACUGUAUUCUUGGGGACUGUCAAUGCUGCAGAAAUGUUUUCCCCAGACCUUCCCCAGAUCUGUGCCUCGACACAAUCCUGUCUCGGAGCUCUACGGAAAAUUCCUUCUACCUCAUGGCUUGGUUUUUGCUCUGACAUGCACUGUCAACUGUGGGACCUUAUAUAGACAGGUGUGUGCCUUUCCAAAUCAUGUCCAAUCAUUUGAAUUCAGCACAGGUGGACUCCAAUCAAGUUGUAGAAACAUCUCAAGGAUGAUCAAUGGAAACAGGAUGCACAUGAGCUCAAUUUCGAGUCUCAUAGCAAAGGGUCUGAAUACUUAUGUAAAUAAGGAAAACCCUGUUUUCGCUUUGUCAUUAUGGGGUAUUGUGUGUAGAUUGAGGCCUUUAAAAAAAUGUAAUCCAUUUUAGAAUAAGGCUUUAACGCAACAAAAUGUGUUAACGAUAAUAAUGUGGUCCUCUGUAGCUCAGCUGGUAGAGCACGGCGCUUGUAACGCCAAGGUAGUGGGUUCGAUCCCCGGGACCACCCAUACACAAAAAAUAAUAAUGUAUGCACGCAUGACUGUAAGUCGCUUUGGAUAAAAGCGUCUGCUAAAUGGCAUAUUAUUAUUAUUAUUAUUAUUAUUAUUAACGGUCAAGGGGUCUGAAUACGUUCCGAAUGCACUGUAUAUAAGUCAAUCGACAUCAGCCUAGGUAUGUGAAAAAAGUUAUCUACAUGUCUUCUCGUGAACUAACGUUACGACUUUAAAAAGGGGUUUGACUCACUGUAGGAGUGUAGUCCUCCAACUGCAUGAGAAAGUCAGCCAGUGGUGUGGUGGAGAUUACAGGCUUCACGUCGCCGUUGGCAAUGCCACUGGGCACAUAGACCCCGUUGGACACGGAUGUGUCAGAUGAUGGUGUGGCCAUGGCAGCCGAGGUUGGGGCUGAAACAAAAAAUAAAUAAUUACAUGGUUUAAUAUUUUCCUAAAUGUAGCUGAGAUGUUGAUAGCCAAGGUCCAGCUCUGGGCUAAGCUGUUGACUGUUUCACAAAGCAGCCAGCAAUGAACGUGCUAGAUCUAAGAUGGUUUUCAAGUUCUGUAUAGUGCUAUAUGGUGUGUGGGCUACUGUACUUGAAUAAUUUCAAAGGUUCUGAGUCACUUUUGACCUAGUUAGCUUAACUAGUAGAUAGCAGACCAUUCAUCUGUUGUGUAACCGUCUCUAAAGCUGUUUAUAACCUCAAAAUGUGUGUAAAUACUUACCAUUACUUAUGGCAACCGAGGGGAUGCUGCUGACAUUAGUUGCUGCAUUGUUGUUAGUGAUGCAAUUACUGGAUGUCGAGGAAAUGGAAGAAGAGCCCCCUGGUAUGACUGGCUGUGGAGUAUCAACGUUCAUAAUUGUUGCUGGCUGCACCGCAGGUCGCUUGGUAAAAUAGCCAAAGUCAAAAUAUUAAGUUAGCUAGCUAGCUAUAGUGAAGGGGUUAAAUUAACUGCCAAAAAUACCCUUUUACGACAGUGUAUGGGUAAAUAGCGAAAAAUAAAGAUCAUUCGUCCACUAUGAUCGUGUUAGCUUGCAAAAAUGUAUUUUCACGCCUUCCGUGUGCAUCGAUUUCAAUGUCCGGCUUUCAAACAUGUCUUGUCCUACUAAUGGUUCCCCCCAGAAGAAUGUGCGCAGAUGCAUCCAGGGUGGCUUAAUCUUGGACUCACUGAAGAAGACCACCAGUGUUCAAGGUAGGUAGCCUACUGUAGCCUAUAUUGUAUGCAAACGUUUGUAUAAAAAAAAACAAUAGAUUAAGAUCUAUCUGAAUUUAGCGUUUUUUGUACACGGUCAAAGAUAAACUCUCUCUGGCGUGAAUUAUGGUCGUUAUGUUUUUGUUGUAGAAAUAUUGCAACCCCGUUUAACCUUUUGCCUACUAGUGCAGUUUUUUAUAUGAUCAUGUGACAGUCACUUUAUCUUGUCAGGAAAGGGAAACAAAUACAUGCUUUGUUUAAAAGAUCGUCAGUAGUUAACACAACCACAGUCAUAAUUAUGGAUAAAACCCGCCCAUUUCUACAAUUUAUUUUCUUACAAUCUUACACAUACAUGUUAUUCAAUAAUUUCAUCCAGACUGCUCGCGCGCGUCAACAAGCAUCUGCGAAAUAGGUAUUUGACAAUUGACGCGCUGGAAGUCCAGCCUCUUCCAUCUCCUCAUUGAUUUUUAGGAGCAUAUACCCACGUGGGUGAUUGGAAGCUGGGGGUCCACACUCCAGUCAAGUUGUUGGUGGUAAUGCACCUUACAGUAGAGAACACACGAUUUUGUGUGACUCAAAAUGGGUCACAAUUCUACAAAGACCCAGGAAAAAAGGACCUUGCGCAUUUCAGGUAAAAUAACAACCAAAUGUUUAUAUCCCAUGACAAAUUAGCUAGCAUAGCAAGCUAGAUAGGUUAAUGUACAUGAAUGUUUGGACCUGUCUCCAAAUUAAUAUAGUUGGUUCAGAGUUCGUUAUGAUAUUUCAACCUGCAUGUCCUGAUUGCGUCUGCUGUGGAUGGACAAAAUCAACAUAUGCACGCGCGUGCCCAGUGUAGUCGUCAUGUUAAAAUCAGAUUUGAAACCUUACCUUAACUUAACCACACUGCUAACCUUAAGACCAAAAAGCUCAUUUUUGUUUGCAUUAAUUUUUACGAUAUGGCCAAUUUUGACAUUGUAGCUGUGUUAACUAGUCUCAACCUUGUUUGAACGAAUACAGUACAUUAUUCGAUGUAAAAUGAAAUAAAGUUCAACUAGUUCAACUAGGUUCAACUAGGAAAACAAUAAAUGGGUCAUUCUUCAAAUGUAACUUGGUAACAAUGUUAGAAUAAUAUUUGUUUUAUAAUAAUUUGUGGUCCUCUGUAGCUCAGCUGGUAGAGCACGGCGCUUGUAACGCCAAGGUAGUGGGUUCGAUCCCCGGGACCACCCAUACACAAAAAUGUAUGCACGCAUGACUGUAAGUCGCUUUGGAUAAAAGCAUCUGCUAAAUGGCGUAUUAUUAUUAUUAUUAUUAAUUGUUUCACCAUGAUAAUUACCUAUUACACAAAGCUCAGUCAAACUUAAGAGGAUGUUCAGUCAACGAAAACAAUAGCAUUAGACAUCAUAUACAUCAAUAAAUGAAACAUGGCUGGUUUGAACUGAUGUCUUUGUCAUUUUGAAGCAGGGCCCAGAAAGUCAGGAUGGCAUCACCUGUGGAUGUCAUUGUGGUGGGGGCUGGGAACCGUGGGGAGACAUACUCACACUUUGCCUCCCUUCAGCCUCAACGCAUGCAAGUAAGGCUCCCCAACAUCUCUCUACAUCUGGUCUUGUCAAUAUUGACUGAAAUAACUUAAUGAGUAGACCUGAUCUUAGAAAGAUAUAGGCUUUCAUCCCUGCUAUGCUAAAUCAUUCAUCACUUCUUUCCAUCAUAAUUUAAGUGUGUUACCGAUUAGUAGCCAUUCGGUCUUGACUAAGGUUUUACAUAAAAGUAAUGAUGAUGAUAAGAAUGUCAACAAUGAUAACUCAAAUUUAUUGUAGGUCGUUGGAGUGGCUGACCCCAGGAAAUUUGCACGGGAGAAACUUCAGAAGCAACACAGAGUAGCAAAUGACAACGUAUUUGCUGGUACGAGUGAAAAUUAUGUAACUGUCGGUCCACAACCAUUUUCUCCCUCUCCCUUUUGAUAAACGCUGGAUUGAUUAUUUGGUAGCACUUCAUUUGAACUAUACAUCAUAACAGCGUGAUAUUAUCAUAUGCAUGUCAUAACAAAUAAGCUCUUGUGGCAUCUUAUGUCACUGAAUGUCAAGUACAAACCAGGGUCCUCUGUAGCUCAGCUGGUAGAGCACGGCGCUUGUAACGCCAAGGUAGUGGGUUCGAUCCCCGGGACCACACGUACACAAAAAAAUGUAUGCACGCAUGACUGUAAGUCGCUUUGGAUAAAAGCGUCUGCUAAAUGGCAUAUUAUUAUUAUUAUAUUAUAAUUUUGCGUGCAUUGUAAUCAGUUAUGAAAAGUGUUAUGACAUAUGUUACCUAUAUUCCUCUUUCCCAGAUUGGCGUGGUAUAGUACAAAGGGAGAAGUUUGCGGAUGCUGUGUUCAUUUGUACCCCAGACCGCCAUCAUAAGGUAAUAGUAGUAGAGGAUACUUGUUACUCAAUUAAUCAAAUUUGGUAUGUCACAGAAUCUGAGCAACCAUUUCAACAUAACUAUUUUAGGAUGCUCAGUGUCUGAUGAGGUUACUCAAAAAAAGUAUUUUGCCCGUUGAUGCUACAGUAGGCUAAGAUUGAGAAUCCAUGAUGGCUGUUCUGAGUGAGUAUGUGUUCUUGUCUUCUUGUCAAGGACCCCACUGUGGCACUGGCAAAGAAAGGCUACCAUAUUCUUCUGGAGAAGCCCAUGGCUGUGAGUGUUCUCCGUCCCCUGUAAAAACGAUGUACAGUACAAGUCAAAAGUUUGGACACACCUACACAUUCAAGGGUUUUUCUUUAUUUGUACUAUUUUCCACAUUGUAGAAUAAUAGUGAAGACAUCAAAACUAUGAAAUAACACAUAAGGAAUCAUGUAGUAACCAAAAAAGUGUUAAACAAAUCAAAAUAUAUUUUAUAUUUGAGAUUCUUCAAAGUAGCCACCCUUUGCCUUGAUGACAACUUUGCACACUCUUGGCAUUCUCUCAACCAGCUUCAUGAGGUAGUCACCUGGAAUGCAUUUCAAUUACCAGGUGUGCCUUGUUAAAAGUUAAUUUGUGGAAUUUCUUUCCUUAAUGCGUUUGAGCCAAUCAGUUGUGCAUGUCUUAAAGUAAUGAUGGACUGUCGUUUCUCUUUGCUUAUUUGAGCUGUUCUUGCCAUAAUAUGGACUUGGUCUUUUACCAAAUAGGGCUAUCUUCUGUAUACCACCCCUACCUUGUCAAUCCAGAACAUUUCAAGAACUUUGAAAGUUUCUUCAAGUGCAGUCGCAAAAACCAUCAAAUGCUAUGAUGAAACUGGCUCUCAUGAGGACCACCACAGGAAAGGAAGACCCAGAGUUACCUCUGCUGCAGAGGAUAAGUUCAUUAGAGUUAACUGCACCUCAGAUUGCAGCCUAAAUAAAUGCUUCACAGAGUUCAAGUAACAGACACAUCUCAACAUCAACUGUUCAGAGGAGACUGUGUGAAUCAGCCCUUCAUGGUCGAAUUGUUGUAAAGAAACCACUACUAAAGGACACCAAUAAGAAGAAGAAACUUGCUUGGGCCAAGAAACAUGAGCAAUGAACAUUAAACCGGUGGAAAUCUGUCCUUUGGUCUGGAGUCCAAAUGUGAGAUCUUUGGUUCCAACUGCCGUGUCUUUGUGAGACGCAGAGUAGGUGAACGGAUGAUCUCCGCAUGUGUGGUUCCCACUGUGAAGCAUGGAGGAGGAGGUGUGAUGGUGUGGGGGUGCUUUGCCGGUGACACUGUCUGUGAUUUAUUUAGAAUUCAAGGCACACUUAACCAGCAUGGCUACCACAGCAUUCUGCAGCGAUACGCCAUCCCAUCUGGUUUGCGCUUAGUGGGACUAUCAUUUGUUUUUCAACAGGACAAUGACCCAAAACAUACCUAGAGGCUGUGUAAGGGCUAUUUGACCAAGGAGAGUGAUGGAGUGCUGCAUCAGAUGACCUGGCCUCCACAAUCACCCUACUUCAACCCAUUUGAGAUGGUUUGGGAUGAGUUGGACCUCUAAGUGAAGGAAAAGCAGCCAACAAGUGUUCAGCAUAUGUGGGAAGUCCUUCAAGACUGUUGGAAAAGCAUUCCUCAUGAAGCUGGUUGAGGGAAUGCCAAGAGUGUGCAAAGCUGUCAUCAAGGCAAAGGGUGGCUACUUUGAAGAAUCUCAAAUAUAAAAUAUAUUUUGAUUUGUUGAACACCAAUUUGCUUACUACAUGAUUCCAUAUGUGUUAUUUCAUAGUUUUGAUGUCUUCACUAUUAUUCUACAAUGUCGAAAAUAGUAAAAAUAAAGAAAAACCCUUGAAUGAGUAGGUGUGUCCAAACUUUUGACUGGUACUGUAUGUUGUUGUGAUGUCUGAUCAAGACCUGAUCAUUUCAGCUAUCCUAUACCAGCGCAGUGCAAGUAGUUUAUACAAUCAAUCAUAUCUAGAGAUAUAGAAAGAGUGUGUGUCUGUGUCUGUCUGUGUUUGUGUGCAUGCAGGCGUGUGUAUGCGCAGUGUCAAAUUGAUAUUUUUUCAUAUUAGGUAACAGCUGAGGACUGCACAGAGAUUGUAAGAACUUGCAUUCAAAGUGGUGUGAUGCUAACAGUGUGCCAUGUCCUCCGAUAUGACCCUGUCAUCCACAAGAUAAAAGUAAGUGUAUUUCCAUCUAUUUUAAAUAUUACAGUAUUUUUUUGCACAGAUCUGUGCUUUUUGCGUGACGAAAUUGUCACCCAGCAUAAUUAGAACAGUGGCUACUGUGAUUGGAUUUAAUGCCCAAUCAGAGCUUGAGCGAAAAUAUGCCUAGCAACAAGGUACUCCUUGCGGGAUAGAAGCAGUCAAAUCAAGCUUGAGAAGGGCUGCCAUAUAGUGUGUUGCCAACGCUUUGGAAUUGACCCCACAGGUGCUGAUGGACAGUGGAGUGAUUGGAGACCUGGUCCAUAUUCAACACCUAGAACCGGUAGGGAUGAAUUUACAAUACCAUGUCAAUUUUACAUCAUUUACAUAGAGCAUAGCCAGACCUGGGUUCAAGUGCUAUUACUAUCAAGUACUAAUACUAUUUAAUGUAUCUGUGCUUGAGUGAUCUUGCCGUGCACAAUGGAACCAACAGAAUAAGUAAAUAAACGUAACUUGACUAGAAUAGUUGCAAAACUGCAAAGCCCGCUCAACUAGGCUCUCCAGACAGACGAUAGCAAACGCUUAUACAUUACCAGUCAAAAGUUUGGACACACCUACUCAUUCCAGGGUUUUUCUUUAUUUUUACUAUUUUCUACAUUGGAGAAUAAAAGUGAAGACAUCAAAACUAUGAAAUAACACAUGUGGAAUCAUGUAGUAACCAAAAACGUGUUAAACAAAUCAAAAUAUAUUUUUUCUUUGAGAUUCUUCAAAGUAGCCACCCUUUCUCUUGAUGACAGCUUGCACACUGUUGGCAUUCUCUCAACCAGCUUCAUGAGGUAAUCACCUGGACUGCAUUUCAAUUAACAGGUGUGCCUUGUUAAAAGUUAAUUUGUGGAAUUUCUUUCCUUCUUAAUGCGUUUGAGCCUAUCAGUUGUGCAUGUCUUAAAGUAAUGAUGGACUGUUGUUUCUCUUUGCUCAUUUGAGCUGUUCUUGCCAUAAUAUGGACUUGGUCUUUUACCAAAUAGGGCUAUCUUCUGUAUACCACCCCUACCUUGUAAAUCCGGAACAUUUCAAGAACUUUGAAAGGUUCUUCAAGCGCAGUCGCAAGAAACAUCAAGCGCUAUGAUGAAACUGGCUCUCAUGAGGACCGCCACAGGAAAGGAAGACCGAGAGUCACCUCUGCUGCAGAGGAUAAGUUCAUUAGAGUUACCAGCCUCUGAAAUUGCAGCCCAAAUAAAUGCUUCACAGAGUUCAAGUAACAGACACAUCUCAACAUCAACUGUUCAGAGGAGACUGUGUGAAUCAGGCCUUCAUGGUCUAAUUACUGCAAAGAAACCACAACUAAAGGACACCAAUAAGAAGAAGAGACUUGCUUGGGCCAAGAAACACAAACAAUGGACAUUAAACCGGUGGAAAUCGCUCCUUUGGUCUGAUGAGUCCAAAUGUGAGAUUUUUGGUUCCAACCGCCGUGUCUUUGUGAGACGCAGAGUAGGUGAACGGAUGAUCUCCGCAUGUGUGGUUCCCACCGUGAAGCAUGGAGGAUGAGGUGUGAUGGUGUGGGGGUGCUUUGCUGGUGACACUGUCUGUGAUUUAUUUAGAAUUCAAGGCACACUUAACCAGCAUGGCUACCACAGCAUUCUGCAGCGAUACGCCAUCCCAUCUGGUUUGCACUUAGUGGGACUAUCAUUUGUUUUUCAACAGGACAAUGACCCAACACAUCUCCAGGCUGUGUAAGGGCUUUUUGACCAAGAAGGAGAGUGAUGGAGUGCUGCAUCAGAUGACCUGGCCUCCACAAUCACCUGAACUCAACCCAAUUGAGAUGGUUUGGGAUGAGUUGGACUGCAGAGUGAAGGAAAAGCAGCCAACAAGUGCUCAGCAUAUGUGGGAACUCCUUCAAGACUGUUGGAAAAGCAUUCUAGGUGAAGCUGGUUGGGAGAAUGCCAAGAGUGCAAAGCUGUCAUCAAGGCAAAGAGUGGCUACUUUGAAGAACCUCAAAUAUAAAAUAUAUUUUGAUUUGUUUAACACUUUUUUGGUUACUACAUGAUUCCAUAUGUGUUAUUUCAUAGUUUUGAUGUCUUCACUAUUAUUCUACAAUGUCGAAAAUAGUAAAAAUAAAGAAAAACCAUUGAAUGAGUAGGUGUGUCCAAACUUUAGACUGGUACUGUAUUUAUGGACGAUUUCAAAUAGUAUAUGAACCCAGGUCUGCGUACAAUAUUAUAGUGGCCUCCACUCCACUCUCAAUGCAGCCUGCAUGGGUUGAAGUAUCUGCAAAGAUUUCCAUGGUUACUUUCUCCUGUUCUAGGUAGGCUUCUUUCACUUUGCCCACUCCUUUGUUCGAGGGAACUGGAGGAAUGAGGCUGAGAGCUCUUUUUCACUUCUGGCCAAAUCCUGCCAUGACAUUGACUUGAUACAUCACUGGGCUGGAGGACGAAGGUAAAGAGGCAAUGUUUUUAGUUUUUUAUAAAUAAAAUAACAAGUUAAUCAACUAAUUUCUUUGUUCGACUGACAGCCCUAUUUAAAAAUAGCUUGUUCUUCACAGGUGUUUGAAAGUGUCAUCGUUUGGAUCUCUCAGUCACUUCCGCAAAGAGAAAAAGGUGUGUGGUCUUCUCAUACACAAUGUAUUCGGAAAGUAUUCAGACCCCUUCACUUUUUCAAAAUGUUUGUUACGUUACAGCCUUAUUCUACAAAACAGGUUUUUUGAAGUUUUUACAAAUGUAUAAAACAAAAACAACUGAUGUCACCUUUACAUAAGUAUUCAGACCCUUUACUCAGUACUUUGUUGAAGCACCUUUGGCAGCGAUUACAGCCUCAAGUCUUCUUGGGUAUGACGCUACAAGCUUGACACACUAGUAUUUGGGGAGUUUCUCCCAUUCUUCUCUGCAGAUCCUCUCAAGCUCUGUCAGGUUGGAUGGGGAGCGUCGCUGCACAGCUAUUUUCAGGUCUCUCCAGAGAUGUUUGAUCGGGUUCAAGUCCGGGCUCUGGCUGGGUCACUCAAGGACAUUCAGAGACUUGUCCCGAAGCCACUCCUGCGUUGUCUUGGCUGUGUGCUUAGGGUCGUUGUCCUUUUGGAAUGUGAACCUUUGCCCCAGUCUGAGGUCCUGAGCGCUCUGGAGCAGGUUUUCAUCAAGGAUCUCUCUGUACUUUGCUCCGUUCAUCUUUCCAUCGAUCCUGACUAAUCUCCCAGUCCCUGCCGCUGAAAAACAUCCCCACAGCAUGAUGCUGCCACCCCCAUGCUUCACCGUAGGGAUGGUAUUGGCCAGGUGAUGAGCGGUGCCUGGUUUCCUCCAGAUGUGAUGCUUGGGAUUCAGGCCAAAGAAUUCAAUCUUGGAUUCAUCAGACCAGAGAAUCUUGUUUCUCAUGGUCUGAGAGUCUUUAGGUGCCUUUUGGCAAACUCAAAGUGGGCUCUCAUGUGCCUUUUACUGAGGAGUGGCUUCCUUCUAGCCACUCUACCAUAAAUACUUGAUUGGUGGACUGCUGCAGAGAUGGUUGUCCUUCUGGAAGGUUCUUCCAUCUCCACAGAGGAACUCUGGAGCGCUGUCAGAGUGACCAUCAGUUUCUUGGUCAGCUCCCUUCUCCCCCGAUUGCUCAGUUUGGCCGGGUGUCCAGCUCUAGGAAGAGUCUUGGUGGUUCCAAACUUCUUCCAUUUAAGAAUGAUAGAGGCCAUUGUGUUCUUGGGGACCUUCAAUGCUGCAGAAUUUUUUUGCUACCCUUUCUCAGAUCUGUGCCUCGACACAAUCCUGUCUCGGAGCUCUACGGACAAUUCCUUCGAACUCAUGGCUUGGUUUUUGCUCUGUCAACUGUGGGACAUUAUAUAGACAGGUGUGUGCCUUUCCAAAUCAUUUCCAAUCAAUUGAAGUUACCACAGGUGGACUCCAAUCAAGUUGUAGAAACAUCUCAAGGAUGAUCAAUGGAAACAGGAUGCACCUGAGCUCAAUUUCAAGUCUCGACCGGGAGACCCAUGGGGCGGCGCACAAUUGGCCCAGCAUCGUCCAGGGUAGGGGAGGGAAUGGCCGGCAGGGAUGUAGCUCAGUUGGUAGAGCAUGGCGUUUGCAACGCCAGGGUUGUGGGUUCGAUUCCCACGGGGGGCCAGUAUGAAAAAAUAAGAAAUAAAAUAAUGUAUGCACUCACUAACUGUAAGUCGCUCUGGAUAAGAGCGUCUACUAAAUGACGUAAAUGUAAAUGUCAUAGCAAAGGGUCUGAAUACUUAGUAAAAAUAAGGUUUUUUAUUUUAAAAAAUAUUUAUACAUUUGCAAAAAAAUCUACAAACCUGUUUUUGCUUUGUCAUUAUGGGUAUUGUGUGUAGAUUGAUGAGGAAACAAAUACUUUUAUCCAUUUUAGAAUGAGGCUUAGCGUAAAAAAAAUUGAAUUCUUUCUGAAUGCACUGUAAUCAGAACGGAAGUGGUACAACUAUGUUUGACUGUUUUGGACACUAAAUAAACUCAAAAUAGUUUUAAACAAUGGGCUUGGCCUGCCAUUGAACAAUAAUACAGACAACUAUAGUUACAUGCACAUGAAUGAACAUGUUACUUUACUUUAACAUAUUAGCAUCCACAUUCCUGUACCAUCUCAAAUACUUUAUAUAUCAUUUCGUUUUUAAUAUACUGGAAUCACUGAUUUCACAACUAUUUGGACUCUGACUAGGGAAAAUUGGAGCAGUAAGGAAAACAUUACAGCAACAUCUGAUACAACCUUUACACAGAGUCACUGUGUCCGAAUAACAGUAAACCACAGGUGAUACAGUGGGAGAACAUAUACUCUCCCAUAAGACUGAGAACUGACUGUAACUAACUAACUCCUGGUGAUUCUUUGUCUGGGAAAACAUAGCUGACAAAGCAUUGCAUCACACUCCCACAACCACAGUUUCCUGCCUUACAUCCACCUCUCCCGAAGUAGCUGAUGUCCAUGCUUUACAUUUGAUUCCCACUUUUGAGUUACCUUCUCAUGAUACUGUAUUCAUUCUGUGAUAUUAUCACUGGUGUAUUAAUGUUUGUUUUUAGAUAGUUUUUGAUUCUGUCAUAGGUACUCAAGCCUCUUUGGCCCCUUUGGGACAAAAGGCCACAAUGAGCUUCCAUUUUGUCCUACAUAGUAUAAUGUGGGUUUCCCAAAAGCUUUGUAGCACUAAGAUCAUCUUUCGUCCAUUGCCUACAACGGAUUUACUGUAGAUGAUGUGAGUGCCACGACGCUUUCGGGAAACCCACCCUAGAAUAGUCAAAGGUGAUUCAGUGCUAAAUAGUUUUCCCUCCAGCCACCAGGUGCUGCAGACCGCUGCCUAGACUGCCCUGUAGAGGAAGCUUGCCCAUAUUCUGCACGCAAGAUCUACCUGGACAGAGUCAAACAGGUUUUUCCAUUCAAGUCAAUUACAUUUGAUUUGUCCCAUGAGGGGCAAUUAUUAUGCAGGGAAAGCAGUGUAAAUUAGAUGGCACAUAAAAAAUGAACGUGUGUGUGUGACUGUGCGUGUAAAUCUAUAUCUGUGUCAAUCAAUCAAAUGUAAUUAUAAAGCCCUUUUUACAUCAGCAGUUAUCACAAAGCACUUUACAGUAACCCAGCCUGUGUUUGUCUCUCAGGGCUGUGUGGGCUGGCCCGUGUCUGUGAUAUGCUCCAGCUCUCUCCCAGACAUCGAGUCUGUGACCGAGGCUCUGAAAUCAGGGCCGUACGGCCGCUGUGUCUACCAGUGUGACAACGACGUCUGCACCAACCAGGUAAGACUGACCACCAUCUGGCUAGCCGCUAGCGCAGAGAAACCAUGCUUAGAAUAAGGGUUAUCCUACAUGUAUACAUUUACACUUAUGAUUUAUUACUUAUUUAUGAUUUAUUACUAGGUAUUUCACAUUUAUUUUAACAGGCCAUCUCCUUUAGGAUAAGUGUCUCUUUCACAACAGAGACCGUUCCGAGUGUCAAAAGAGAGGUUACAGAAUUGUACAUUUAAGUCCUGCACACUUUUGUUGUAUUUAAAUUAAGUUUAUGCUUCGGUCAGAAAAAAUAUUGGCUCAAGUCGACACAGCUCCUCUCUCUUUAUCUCUCUUCUCUCACCUUGUUGUACCUGUGUGUACAGGUGGUGAACAUGGAGUUUGAAGGGGGUCUUACAGCUGCUUUUUCCAUGGUGGCAUUUACAGAGGAGAUAUGUAAGCGGAGAACCACCAUCUAUGGCAGCAAGGUACUGUAGCACUCCAGUCCAGACACAAUCUUGAAUAAUCCAAGAUCAAAUCAAAUCAAAUCAAAUUUUAUUGGUCACAUGCGCCGAAUACAACAGGUGCAGACAUUACAGUGAAAUGCUUACUUACAGCCCUUAACCAACAGUGCAUUUAUUUUAAACAAAAAAGUAAGAAUAAAACAACAACAAAAAAAGUGUUGAGAAAAAAAGAGCAGAAGUAAAAUAAAGUGACAGUAGGGAGGCUAUAUAUACAGGGGGGUACCGUUGCAGAGUCAAUGUGCGGGGGCACCGGCUAGUUGAGGUAGUUGAGGUAAUAUGUACAUGUGGGUAGAGUUAAAGUGACUAUGCAUAAAUACUUAACAGAGUAGCAGCAGCGUAAAAAGGAUGGGGUGGGGGGGCAGUGCAAAUAGUCCGGGUAGCCAUGAUUAGAUCAAGUUGAAUCAUUAUGAAUAAUUCAUUGUUGAUCAUUAAUAUGCCACUUUUGUGAUUGAAAUCAAUGUGAUAUGAUCAUAAGAUAGGGAUAUGGAUUGAAUAGAAAGAGAUAGAUUAUGAAUAUUGAUUGGACACCCACAAACUGCAAUAGUUUAUUGACCUGAAUUUCUGUGUCAUGGUUUAUACGUUUACGUUUACGUCAUUUAGCAGACGCUCUUAUCCAGAGCGACUUACAAAUAGGUGCAUUCACCUUAUAGCCAGUAGUACAACCACUUUACAAUGUUUUUAUUUUUUUGGGGGGGGGGUGGGUUGGGGUAAGGGGGGGGUAGAAGGAUUACUUUAUCCUAUCCCAGGUAUUCCUUAAAGAGGUGGAGUUUCAAAUGUCUCCGGAAGGUGGUGAGUGACUCCGCUGUCCUGGCGUCGUGAGGGAGCUUGUUCCACCAUUGGGGUGCCAGAGCAGCGAACAGUUUUGACUGGGCUGAGCGGGAACUAUGCUUCCGCAGAGGAAGGGGAGCCAGCAGGCCAGAGGUGGAUGAACACAAUGCCCUCGUUUGGGUGUAGGGACUGAUCAGAGCCUGAAGGUACGGAGGUGCCGUUCCCCUCACAGCUCCAUAGGCAAGCACCAUGGUCUUGUAACAGAUGCGAGCUUCAACUGGAAGCCAGUGGAGUGUGCGGAGGAGCGGGGUGACGUGAGAGAACUUGGGAAGGUUGAACACCAGGCGGGCUGCGGCAUUCUGGAUCAGUUGUAGGGGUUUAAUGGCACAGGCAGGGAGCCCAGCCAACAGCGAGUUGCAGUAAUCCAGACGGGAGAUGACAAGUGCCUGGAUUAGGACCUGUGCCGCUUCCUGUGUAAGGCAGGGUCAUACUCUCCGAAUGUUGUAGAGCAUGAACCUACAGGAUCGGGUCACCGCCUUGAUGUUAGCAGAGAACGACAGGGUGUUGUCCAGGGUCACGCCAAGGCUCUUCGCACUCUGGGAGGAGGACACAGCGGAGUUGUCAACCGUGAUGGCGAGAUCAUGGAACGGGCAGUCCUUCCCCGGGAGGAAGAGCAGCUCCAUCUUGCCAAGGUUCAGCUUGAGGUGGUGAUCCGUAAUCUAUACUGAUAUGUCUGCCAGACAUGCAGAGAUGCGAUUCGCCACCUGGUUAUCAGAAGGGGGAAAGGAGAAGAUUAGUUGUGUAUCGUCAGCGUAGCAAUGAUAGGAGAGGCCAUGUGAGGAUAUGACAGAGCCAAGUGACUUGGUGUAUAGCGAGAAUAGGAGAGGGCCUAGAACUGAGCCCUGGGGGACACCAGUGGUGAACUUUGUUAUCUCUCUCCUGAAUAUUUAUCCUUAUAAAUAAUCGUCUGUAUUUGUAGUAGCAGUAAAUCUAGAGCUGGAUGUAUUUGGCUACUGUCUGAUCUUAGUACAUAAAGAUAACCUCCUGCAAAUGCGGAAAAUGUUCUGAUCAUGUAAUUAUUGUUUUGUUCCUAUAGGGGGAGCUGUCGUAUAACGGACAUGAGAUUCGAGUGUUUGACUUCCUCACAGGGAGGGCCACCAAGCACACGGCAGAGACUAGCGCCCCAGGGGCCUUUGGCAUGGGCGGGCACGGCGGGGCGGACUACCAACUGGUGGAAGCCUUCAUCUCUGCUGUGGCGGUGAGUGCUGGGAGCCUGUGUGAAUGUCAACAUUGAGGGCCGAUAAUAUUUUUUUAAACUUGAGAUCUGUGCUUUGACUUAGGCUUGUGUUAAUUAUACAUUGAUGUUGUGCAACUAAAUAUUAUUUGAGUUAUCUAGAUCUUUGUUAGGAUUUAAUCAAACCCCCAUUUACGCUGUUGCAGUACCUGGUUCAAUAAAAUCACAGAAUGGUUUUGGGUGCUGUAAAAUCUCUUAACUCUUAACUUAAGUCUUUACUUGAAGGGGUAUACAUAGGGCAUUCAUAACACCUUUACAAAACCAGUCAUGACACCUUUUGCAGUAUCACUCAUAAUAACCUUACAUUAUACUCAUGUGGAUGGAAAAAAUGUGACUUGUGUUUGCGUGUGUCACGUACAGAGUGGAGAUGCAUCUUUUAUUCGUUCGGGACCAGAGGAGACCCUGCUGAGCCACAAGCUGGUGUUUGAGGCUGAGCGGGCUCGACUGGAGAGCAAGGUGGUGUUCUGUGGGACUGACCAGGACUAGAGGGCUACGUGAAGUGGUGAAGUGCCAUAAUCAUCAUUUUGAUCAAACAUUAAUGAUUCAACACUAAUGAUUAUGACAGAGCAGAAUCAGGCAGCACAUGAAAAUGAUGAAGUAGCUAGUUAUUUAAUUUUACUGUUUGUAAUUUGUAGCUAGGCCUAGUGUUUUGAUUGUUUAGUUCUCAAGGAUUGUUUAAUGUGCACAUUCCAUGAAAAUCUUUUUCUUAACAAAAUGUGAUUAUAUAUGUACUAUUUGUCAUGUCAGCAACUGUUUUGAUGUGGAAAACUGAUUUUCAAAAAAUCUGAUAUUUUGAUCAUUUUAUAAAAAUGUUGAUUGUGUGUUUGUUCUAAUGUCUUGUACGAAAAAGUGCUUUUGAAAUUACACACAUGUAGACUAUCUAAGUAAAAUCUAUAAAUACACCCCAUACACUUACCAAAAAUGUGGCAUUUGCCGUAUUGUACUUUGCUCUACAUUACUCUUCUUUUGUAUCGUCAUUAACACAGUAUACAUGAUACACAUUUUUGCUCCAAGACGCUGCCAAUCUGGAAAACCGAAAAAGACGUCUUUAUGAACCUUUGCCAUUAGUGGAGAGGCUGACGCAUUUAUUCUGAUUACAAUUAUUUAUUUAUUUACUUUAAACGCUUACACCACAGAAUAUUUUAUUUGAUUAACAAAUAAUGAAUACUUCAAUUAAUUUAAACUCAAUUUUGCAACUAAUGGAGCAUUAUAAAAUGA